AAGAAGUAGGGGUUUCAUUUUUCUUCGUUGCAGAACAAGCAUUCCGCGCUUGGUCGAAGCGCCGUCGGACGCUGUGUCAGCCCUGCGUGGGUGUUCUGCUGUUCUCUGGCAAGUAUUGAAGAAGUUGCGAACCCUAGGGCUUUUCCUACUCCCAAAGUCCGGUUGAAUGGGAGUGCUUAAUAAGGAACGGUCUAAAAUGAUUAAUGAUGAGGUUGAAGAUAUGAAUGAAGAACUCUCUGGAUCUGAAUCAGAGUCAGAAUCAGGAGAAGAUGUGAAAUUGACUGAACCGUCUAAAAAUGCAAUAUUCAACAGGGAUGGUCUCCUGGAUAAACUUGGAGACAUAUGCUGGCCAGAGAAUGUGGAAUGGAUACAUAAACUCUCCAUUGAUAUAGAUCAAGAGCAAGAAGUAGAUGUGAACGAUGACUUGGCACGGGAACUUUCUUUUUACACUCAGGCAUUGGAGGGAACUAGGCAGGCUUUUGAGAAGUUUCAGUCAAUGGAUAUUCCUUUCCUUAGACCUUCAGACUAUUAUGCAGAAAUGGUGAAGACAGAUUCACAUAUGGAGAAGGUGAAGGGCCGGCUUUUAGCAGAGAAGAGGAAGAUGGAAGAGGCUGAAGAGAGAAGAAAGGCCAGGGAGGCCAAAAGAUUGUCUAAAGAAAUUCAGGCCCAGAAAUUGAAAGAAAGAGCUAAGCAGAAAAAGGAAGGGAUAGAAUCUGUUAAAAAGUGGAGGAAGCAAAGGCAACAGAGUGGUUUUGCUGGGAGUGGGAACGAUGCUGAUCUGGAUUUCAACUUUGAGGAUGGAAAAGUAUUCGAGAGGUCAAACAAGAAAAGGCCCGGCGUCUACCCAGGUGAUCGGUCUGGAGGUAAGGCUAAGCAAGGGUUUGGACAAGGAAAGAAACAAAAGAAACGGGAAUUUAGGAAUUCUAAAUUUGGUUUCGGAGGCAGGAAGGGACUCAAAAAGCAGAAUACAGCUGAGACCACAAAUGACUUCAGAGGAUCGAACAAGAAUUCUACCCCAGGAAAUAAAAGGAGAAAGAAGUAACAUCAUCUUGAUUUGUUUCCUCAAGAGGUAAUAUUAUCAGGUCAACUUUUGGCAGUUUUGUUUAAUACACUCCCCAGUUCGAUUUUAGAGGAUAGCUGCUUAUCGUGUGAUGUUAGGCUUUAUUUUUGCGAAACUUGAAUCCACUCUGAUGUUUUGUUCAAUGAUCACUUUGUGUUGCCCCUCUUAUUUGAUUACUUCAUAUAAUAGAUUUAGAGGUAAGGGUUGAGUUCCUUGGGCUUUAACUUUCUGUUACUUUAGACGUGAUCUAUAUUGGUCUCUUUACUUUGGCUCAAAUGCAAAGUCUACCAAUUAAAGGGAAAGUUCUGUUA